AUGGAAACUUCUGCUCAAGAAGCACUUUUCAAGAAUCCUAAUUCAAACACAGCUGACGGCAUCGUUUUCCGUGUUCGAAGUGACAUGGUUGUUGGUACGGUCCCCGCUCAAUUCCCGCAAGUUAUAUCUCCUUCGGAUCGACGCAUUAAAACCGACAUUGAAGAUGUGGAUGAAGACGAUAUUCUUCAACGAUUACAGACGCUUGAAAUUAAGCAAUAUCGAUACACGGAUGAGUGGAGAAAAAUUCGUGGAAUUGACGAUUCAGUUACUUCUAUCUCAACGAAAGCGAUUUCGGGCUGA